AAAAAAAAUCAAGUGUAAACGAUGCUCGGAUGAUUCUAAACUUUUCUUUAGUAUAAAAGUGACGAAAGUUUGAGGAAUCGAAUAAGUUUGAAGCUGAGCUUUGUCGAGUGUGUACGAGUGCCCAGAGAUUUGCAAAGAACCGAAAAUGUACAAAUUUGUAUGCGUAUUAGCUUUUGUUGGCGCCGCCUAUGCGGCCAGCAUCGGUGCUGGUGUUGAAUCGACCACUGAGAAGCGUGAAAUAAUUCCACUGCUGCGCUUUGAGACUGACAGAAAACCCGAUGGUUCAUUCAGUUUCUCCUACGAGGGCGGCGAUCAGAGUGCGCGCCAAGAGGCUGGUGAAGUGCAAAAUGUCGGUACUGAGGAGGAAGCGCUCGAGAUCCAGGGCUCCUACCGUUACAUCGAUGCCGAUGGUCAAGAGAUCGAAGUACACUACACUGCCGGCAAGAAUGGUUUCGUGCCAAUCGGUACCAAUAUUCCCGCUGAAAUCUCAGAGGCUGCUAAGGCGGCUGCUGAUCAGCCCAAUGAGCCUGAGGAGACAGAGAAAGUGAAGCGCGUUGCGCGUUCGCACAAAGAAGGCGAGAAGGGAGAGGAGGAGGAGGAGAAAGAAGGCAAGCAAGAAAAAGAAGAGAAAGAAGUGAAGGAAAAGGAAGUGGAACAAGAAGAGCCUAAAGAAACCGCCAAAGUGGAAAAAGUAGAAAAGGCUGAGGAGGCAGAGCAGGAGAAAAAGGUGGAAGAGAAAGAAGUAGAGAAGCAAGACGAAGAGAAAUCGGAAAAAUCUGAGAAAUCCGAAAAAUCCGAGAAAGCUGAGAAGUCCGAGAAAUCUGAGAAAUCUGAGAAGGCCGAAAAGGAAGAAUAGUAGGUUUGCUUCGAAGUGCCGCAAAAACCUCAUAAUUUGUUGACUGGAAAUGACUUUAUAACUUUGACAUGCAAUAAUGAUAGUUUAGUUGUAGCGUUGCUAGACACAUGCAGACUUUGCGUGCUUAGUGACUCAACUAACUGUAUAGUAUUUGUAAAAAUUUAGUUUAUGUAAGCGCGUCUGACACAUUUCAAACUGGUUGUUUUAAUUAAUUAAGGAUCUAGUUUUAAUGUGCAAUUUAUUUUUAUAAACAAAAUAAUAAUAAAAACAACAAACAAAAAAUAA